AUGGGAGUCUGGCUCCUUUCCCUGCUAACUGUGCUGCUGUCUUUAGCCCUGGAAACUGCUGGACAAGGAGAAAGGAUUAUAGAUGGCUACAAGUGUAAGGAAGGCUCCCACCCGUGGCAGGUGGCUCUGCUCAAAGGCGAUCAGCUUCAUUGUGGAGGAGUGCUGGUGGGUGAAAGCUGGGUGCUCACAGCAGCCCACUGCAAAAUGGGUCAGUACACGGUGCAUCUGGGCAGUGAUAAGAUAGAGGAUCAGAGUGCCCAGAGGAUCAAGGCUUCAAGGUCAUUCCGACACCCUGGCUACUCCACAAGGACCCAUGUCAAUGACAUCAUGCUUGUGAAGAUGGAUAAGCCGGUCAAGAUGUCAGACAAGGUGCAGAAAGUCAAGCUUCCUGACCACUGUGAACCCCCAGGGACAUCGUGCACCGUCUCUGGAUGGGGCACCACAACCAGCCCAGAUGUGACCUUCCCCUCGGAUCUUAUGUGCUCGGAUGUGAAGCUCAUCUCCUCCCAGGAGUGCAAGAAGGUGUAUAAGGAUCUGCUGGGGAAAACCAUGCUGUGUGCUGGCAUUCCCGACUCUAAGACUAACACAUGCAAUGGUGACUCAGGGGGGCCCUUGGUGUGCAAUGACACCCUUCAAGGUCUGGUGUCCUGGGGAACCUACCCUUGUGGCCAGCCCAAUGACCCAGGAGUCUACACUCAAGUCUGCAAGUACCAACGGUGGUUGGAGGACACCAUGAAAACCUAUCGCUAACGUGCCAGGAGGGCAAGCUGCCAGCCUGGAAGGCUGUGUAAAGCCCUGCCUGGCUUUACCUUUCCUCCAGGACAUAGCAAAACCUCAACACUACGUUAAGUUUAUAAGCCAAUCAGAACCCCAGAGACCUAAAAGCAAAUCAAGUCAGGAGACUGAGAAACCUGAGGGCUGUGGAAGAUGCCAGAAGAAUAAAACUUCCAAAUGCAGUAGCUUGAGGAUUCCUACGGUCCUUUAUUGGAAAGUGGCUGCUAACUGUGAGACCUUCAUCCCCUGCCUUGGACUCAGGCCAUCCAUUUCUAGAGUUCUUUAAAAAAAAAUAGAAUCAAAUUUGGAUUCAUUACAUUACUUAUUGUAGAGGAAAAAGAACGGAAACCGCCAACAUGUCCACAAUAGUAGAUUAUUUCAGUGAAAGUUCGAUUUCUCUCACUACGAAGUUGUGGGAAAUACUGCGUAUGCUGUAGUGCUCAGCCUUAUCCCUGAGGGACUGUUGUUGUCUGAUGUUUAAUGGGAACAUGGGCUGGACAUACCCAAUGAAUACUGAUGAGACAGAAUAAACUCUGAGUGAUAUCGAUGUGUGUGUUCAUAGCCUGGAAAAUAAUGUUGGGGAGCUGGGAGCAUUGAUGGUGGAGGGAAGAGACCUAUGAGGAAGAGUUGGCAAGAUGGCUCAGUGGGUAAGAACACUUGCUGCCAAGCCUGACAUGGCCUCUAGGGCCUACACGGUGGAAGGGAGUAACUGAUGCCUGCAUACUUCCCCCUGACCUCCAGAUGUGCGAAGGCACAGGUGUACCUGCACACAUACAUUGACACAAAACCAGAUUGAAGUGUAAAU